CCUGUGUGUUAUGUAUAGUACAUAUGUUGACAUAUGUAUUAGUCACUCUGUGCGGCAAAUGGUGGACGGGACGGGACUGUCAUCGUAGUGGCGUUCACGUUACAGGUCAAAAUGUACAGGGCUAGAACAGUAUUUAGUUCGUUGACGCCUCUGGCCCCGCGAAUAUGUGGGGCAGAACGGUUCGCAAGUUGGUUAGUACGUAGUCAUCCCCUUAUUCGUAAUACACAAGUUGUCGUUGCAUUGGAACCGACACGCCGUUACGGGAGUAAAGUUGCUACAGAGCCAUUUCUCAAUGGCAGUACUAGCUCUUAUGUUGAAGAAAUGUACAAUGCCUGGUUGCGAGAUCCUCAAAGUGUACAUAUAUCCUGGGAUUCUUUCUUCAGAAAUAGUACUGCAGGUGCUGGACCUGGUCUUGCAUACCAACCUCCACCAUCUCUAGCGCCUCGACAUGAUCAAAUACCACUGGGGACACUUUUACCACUUGGUGCAACUUCCCAAGUAGGACAAGUACCAAUCAAUGAGAAAAUUAUUGAUGAUCAUCUUGCUGUUCAGGCCAUCAUUCGGUCUUAUCAGGCCCGGGGUCAUUUAGUCGCUGAUUUGGAUCCUCUUGGUAUUAUGAGAGACGACUUGGUACACACGCAUUACGCUUCCCGUAAGGGAGCCCCCGAGCGCGUUCUUCGGCAAUAUAUGCUUGAGGAAUCUGACAUGGAGAGAGUCUUCAAACUUCCAUCAACUACAUUUAUCGGUGGAAAAGAAAAAUCUCUACCCCUCCGAGAAAUUCUGAAAAGGCUGGAAAAUGCUUACUGUGGCCACAUUGGUGUUGAGUUUAUGUUUAUAAAUUCAUUGGAGCAGUGCAAUUGGAUUCGUCAGAAAAUGGAAACACCAGGAGUAAUGGAGGUAACGAAUGAUGAAAAACGCUUGAUAUUGGCACGUCUGACGCGUGCAACGGGUUUUGAAGCGUUUUUAGCAAGAAAAUGGUCAUCGGAAAAGCGAUUUGGUCUUGAAGGCUGUGAGAUACUGAUUCCAGCCAUGAAGCAAGUUAUUGAUAAAUCUACCGAACUUGGAGUUGAGUCUAUAGUAAUGGGAAUGCCUCAUCGUGGUCGUCUCAAUGUAUUAGCUAACGUAUGCCGUAAACCCCUAAAUCAAAUAUUCACUCAAUUUGCAGCUCUAGAAGCAGCUGAUGAUGGCUCUGGGGAUGUAAAGUAUCAUUUAGGUACAUACAUUGAACGUUUGAAUCGUGUUACCAAUAAGAAUAUUCGUCUUGCUGUUGUUGCCAAUCCAUCUCAUUUGGAGGCUGCUGAUCCGGUUGUCCAGGGAAAAACGCGCGCCGAACAAUUUUAUCGUGGAGACGGAGAAGGCAAAAAAGUCAUGUCUAUACUUUUGCACGGUGACGCUGCUUUCUGUGGACAAGGGGUAGUCUUUGAGACAAUGCACUUAUCCGAUUUACCAGAUUAUACCACUCAUGGUACAAUACACAUUGUUGCAAAUAAUCAAAUUGGAUUCACCACUGAUCCACGGCAUUCUCGUUCGUCGCCUUAUUGUACAGACGUCGCACGUGUUGUCAAUGCACCUAUUUUCCACGUUAAUUCUGAUGAUCCCGAGGCCGUUAUGCACGUUUGUAAAGUAGCUGCCGAAUGGCGCGCUACAUUCCACAAAGAUGUUGUUAUUGAUAUUGUAUCAUAUCGGCGAAAUGGACACAACGAAAUUGACGAGCCCAUGUUCACUCAACCUCUUAUGUACCGUAAAAUUCGAAAUACUCCACCAGUUUUGGAUAUUUAUUCCAAGAAAUUGAUUGAUGAAAGUGUCGUAACACCCGAGGAGGUGAAAGAUGUUAAAGAUAAAUAUGAAAAAAUAUGUGAAGAAGCAUACAUUGGUGCACGUCAGGAGACCCACAUUAAAUACAAGGAUUGGCUGGAUUCACCGUGGUCUGGAUUUUUUGAGGGUAAAGAUCCAUUGAAAGUAUCACCUACUGGUGUUAAAGAAGACACGCUCAUUCAUAUUGGUAAAAAAUUUUCAUCCCCACCGCCAAAUGCUGCUGAAUUUGUCAUUCACAAAGGUAUUGAACGUAUAUUGAAAGCUCGAAUGGAGAUGAUUGAAUCGCGUCAAGUCGAUUGGGCGCUUGGUGAGGCAAUGGCAUUUGGAUCACUGCUCAAAGAAGGUAUCCAUGUGAGACUAUCUGGGCAAGAUGUUGAGAGAGGUACAUUCUCACAUAGGCAUCAUGUUCUUCAUCAUCAGACUGUUGACAAAGCCACCUAUCGGCCACUUUGUUAUCUCUAUCCAGAUCAAGCACCAUAUACUGUUUGUAACAGUUCACUCUCUGAAUUUGGCGUACUUGGUUUUGAAUUGGGUUACUCCAUGACAAAUCCCAAUGCACUUGUCUGUUGGGAGGCGCAAUUUGGAGAUUUUAACAACACCGCUCAGUGUAUUAUCGAUCAGUUUAUUAGCAGUGGUCAAGCCAAAUGGGUCCGACAGUCGGGUAUUGUGAUGCUUCAACCACAUGGUCUUGAGGGUAUGGGCCCCGAGCAUUCUAGUGCACGUCUCGAACGUUUUCUUCAAAUGUCUGCUGAUGAUCCAGACUAUUUUCCACCUGAGAGUGAAGAGUUUGCUGUCAGGCAGCUACAUGACAUCAAUUGGAUUGUUGCCAACUGCAGUACACCCGCUAAUUAUUUCCACAUACUUCGUCGACAAAUUGCACUACCUUUCAGAAAACCUCUCAUUCUUAUGACACCUAAAUCACUUCUUCGUCAUCCUGAGGCUCGAUCGAGCUUCGAUGUUAUGACUGAAGAUACACAAUUCUUGAGGGUUAUACCAGAGGAAGGUCCUGCUGCUCAAAAUCCAUCCAGUGUUAAGAGAUUAAUAUUUUGCUCUGGCAAAGUCUAUUACGAUUUGACAAAGGCAAGGACCGAAAGGAGUAUGAAUGACAAAGUUGCUAUUGCAAGGGUCGAACAAAUUUCCCCCUUUCCCUAUGAUUUGAUAAAGAGAGAAGUUGAAAAAUAUCCAAACGCUGAAAUUAUGUGGACACAGGAGGAAGCUAAAAAUCAAGGCGCCUGGUCAUAUGUACAGCCACGAUUUGUUACAGCUCUCAACGGAACACGCAACCUUUCUAAUAGAAGCUCUCAUAAAAAUAGUGAUGGUUGGUUAAGUGCGUGGCUUUCAUCCUCUAAACCAUCAAAAUCCGAAUCCGUACCUGAGUCACCACAAAAAACAAAAUCACGUAGAAUCAGAUAUGCUGGUCGAGCCUGUGCCGCAUCACCAGCGACCGGUAGUAAAAUGCAGCAUCUGAAGGAACUCAAACAGUUUUUAGACGACAGUUUCGACAUUUAAAGUCAAUCUCGUGUAGCACUAUUGUAGAAAAAAAAACGACAUCAUUUUAUUUAUUUUCCCCUUGAACAUAAGUUAACUAAACCUUCUGUAAAAGAGAAAAAAAAUACAUCUCGGUAAUUUCAGUAGAGGUAUGAACAACGACAAAAUCAUUACAAAUGAUAACCUUUUGAUAUUUGUGCGCCUCUCGGUAUGAAAAUAUUUCUUAUAAUUUGAUUUGUAACUUUUGUUAUCAAUCUUAAAAUAGUUAUUUAAACUUUUGUUGUCAACUGAAUGGCUGAUAGAAUAUGCCAUUGUAUCGGACGAGUUACAAAUUCUAUUAUUGAUGAAGAAAUGUGAAAAGAAAAAUAGAAAACAACUAAUUAUUUUUAAAAAGCGUUUGUGAAUUAAUAAUGAGAGAUUAAAGUAAAAAAACAAUAGGCCUCUUGAAAUUAACAAUCAAGUAUUACUUUUCAUCUGUCUCAUUUUGUUAAUGAUGACUAAGGAGAAAACCAACUGAACACAUACAAAUGUGAUUCCACAGUACUUUAAAUGUGAGUUUUCAAUAAAUAUUCAUACAAAUCUAUGUCAGUAUAAAUGAGAA